AUGUCCCAACCAGCACAGUACCCGCUCGCGAACUCACCGAUCGGCAACAUCGCCAGCCUGCACAACAAAGUCGCGCUCAUCACGGGAGCCAGCAGCGGGCUCGGCCGCUGCAUCGCCCAGGCCUACGCCGCCGCCGGCGCGUACGUCGUGUCCGCCGACCUCAAGGAGACACCGGCCGCCGCGCCCGUCGUCGAGAGCGCGCUGAAGGGCGAAGGCAGCACGCAGGAUUUCAGCACGCCCACCGUCGAGCUGGUCAAUGCGCAGUGGCCUGCCGCCGACGAAGGGCGCAAGCAGCGCGCCGCCUUUGUCAAGGUCGAUGUUACCGACGAGGAGAGCGUGAGGAACGCGGUCCGCUUCGCGGUGGACACGUUCGGGAGGCUGGAUAUCAUGGUCAAUAAUGCUGGUAUGUUUUCCUUUGAUUAG